AGUCGCAGCUUUUAUUUUGAAACCCCGGACCGGAUGUGGCUGGCUGGCCACUCUGCUCUUCUUCUUCUGUGGUUCCGUCGUCGUCGCUGUCUGUUCUGGAUCCAGUGAAGCUGAGACCCGGAAUAAAAGUCCCGUUGUUCCAGUUCCGCACCGUUUACACCAGUUUGACUCCUGACGCCACGAACUACGUCACAUCUCGUCAUGGAUCCCGCGAGUCAAGAUAUCAACCUGAACUCUCCUAACAAGGGCCUGGGUGUGGAUCACGCAGAGGCUCAGUCGGACGUGGUGGUGGUGGAGGGCGCGGUGGCCACUCCGCUCAACCCUCUUCCACCCGGCCUGACGGAGGAGGAGGCGGAGGAGCUCCGCACUGAGCUCACCAGGGUGGAGGAGGAGAUCAACACCCUGCGUCAGGUCCUAUCAGCCAAAGAGAGACACGCGGCCGAGCUGAAGAGGAAGCUGGGCCUCAGCCCGCUCAACGAGCUCAAACAGAACCUCAGCAAGGGCUGGCAGGACGUGCAGACCUCCAACGCAUAUCUGUCCGCCUCGGCCACUUUGGAUGACAUCACCCACUCUGAAGCAUACAAGAAGACUCAGGAGACUCUUUCCCAGGCAGGACAGAAAACCAGUGCAGCCAUCAGCACAGUGGGCACGGCCAUCAGCAGGAGGCUCGGUGAUAUGAGGAACUCUGCCACCUUCAAGUCCUUUGAGGAUAAGAUGGGGAACCUGAAGUACAAGGUGGUCGGCCCCCGAGGGAACGGGGACGCCAUCGGCUCCCCCACCGACUCCACCCCCACUCAGGAGAACCCGCCUUUCUGAACGCACACCGCCUCU